AUGGCUGGCCGUUCCACCCAGUUCACGCCGCCGCCUUCCCCGCCAUCUCCGACAGCUUCGUUCUACGACAUCAGCGACGAUGAGGAGGGCGAAUACAAUACCAUCACACAUACAAAGACAGGGAAAGGAGUAAAGCUAUUAUUUUCAAAGAGCAAGGUCUACGUCCAUCCUAGCCCCUCGUCAAAAGACAACAUACCCGGCUUCAUUGCAUUGAUUGAGCAAAAGCCUUCUCCCCUCGACGAUGGAGACAGGCCCUCCUCCUCAUCCUCCUCGAAGACCGUCAAUGCCUCCUCGUAUCUCCUCGCCUGGGUGCCCGAGUCAUCCUUAGGAGACGCCCACAGCACCUACGUAAAGGUUGACCUUUCGGAUAGCUCGUCUCCUCCCCGUCAGUCGUACCUAGUUCCGCCGCUGCCGACUAUAACAUCUCAUGGGGACUCUAUCGGCCUAUAUGCAUUCGCGGUUCCCUUGUCGCAAAUAUAUUCAUUGUUGAAAAAGAAAAGGACAAAGGAGAGCUUUGAUCCGUUUGAGGACGGGCACAUGUUUUGGGGUGGCGAUGAAGUCUUGAGAUGGCUAAAGAGAUAUGUCGAAGUUCAUCGCUCUGGCGCAGAUCCAAACGUUUAUCUUAUCAACCCCUCUCAAGACGAUAAAACAUCGUUUGGCCAUUUACCGGGAAUUGACAAGGCGGCAAAUUCACCCAGCCACGCCGGGACCGACCCUAAAUCACAAAGAGAAGCAGGCAUGGACCCAUUUACAAAAGCUUUGAAAGAAACGCGAUGGAAGGUACUAGAGCAACUCAGCAAGAUCACCACUUUCACUAGACGGACCGCGCAAGAUCUAGCCGAUAACCCCAGGAUACCACCGCAGGUGAGGCGCUUGAUGAGAAACCCGGAGAUCCAAACACUCCAGGACGAAUUUGAUAGCGCAAGAUUAUAUUUGGCCCGGUGGGCCAUGGGCAUCGCAGAACAGAGUGAGCGUGAGAGAAACCAGCGAAUCUGGACCGCAAAAGAUGUCCUGGCAAUGGAGGAUAGUUCUGUGGGCGAGUUUGAGAUACUGAAUAUGGAGGCAGCAAAUAUGACACUGAGUGAUAAACGAAAAUGUGUUACCAAAAGUGAAUGGGAUAGCUGGUUCGACACGGAUGUUGGCCGAUUACAGAUCACUCCCGACGAAGCAAAAGAGCGAGUAUUCCAUGGUGGGCUUGAUCCCAAUGAUGGUGUGCGAAAGGAAGCUUGGUUGUUUCUGCUAGGAGUAUACUCCUGGGAUAGCAGCGAAGAUGAACGAAAAGCGAUAAUGAAUUCGAAAAGGGACGAGUACGUACGACUUAAAGGAGGCUGGUGGGAGCGCAUCGUUGAGGGGACAUCGACGGAACAAGACCAUGAAUGGUGGAAGGAACAAAGGAAUCGGAUAGCAUGGAGGCUGACUAGAUUGUUCUUGGGACUUCGACAUGUAGAGAAGGAUGUCCAUCGCACUGAUCGUACGAUACCACUAUUUGCAGGAGAAGACAUCCCCCAUCCAGACCCUGACUCUCCUUUUGCGGAGACUGGUACAAAUGUCCAUCUUGAACAGAUGAAAGAUAUGCUCCUUACUUACAACGAGUAUAAUCGAGACCUAGGUUAUGUCCAAGGGAUGAGCGACCUUCUUGCUCCCAUAUAUGCCGUCAUGCAAGACGAUGCCGUUGCAUUUUGGGGAUUCGUCAAUUUCAUGGAUCGAAUGGAGCGAAAUUUUCUCCGUGAUCAAUCGGGCAUGCGAGAGCAGCUGCUUACCCUUGACCAACUUGUGCAACUUAUGGACCCCCAACUCUAUAUCCACCUUCAAAAGACAGAAAGCACGAAUUUCUUCUUUUUCUUUCGCAUGUUCCUUGUGUGGUUCAAGCGAGAAUUUGAAUGGGUCGAUAUACUUCGGCUCUGGGAGGGCCUCUGGACUGAUUACCUCUCCAGUAAUUUCCAUAUAUUCAUUGCACUCGCUAUUCUAGAGAAACAUCGGGAUGUCAUCAUUGCCCAUCUUCAUCAUUUUGACGAAAUUUUAAAAUACAUCAACGAGCUUUCCAAUACUAUAGAACUUAUCCCUAUCCUCAGCAGAGCAGAAGCGCUUUUCCAUAGCUUCCAGAAGAAGGUUGAAACCAUCGAUAAGAAAUACAAUUUCCCCAGCGCACCCGUACGGCAAAGAAAGCCUAUCCCAUCAGAUUCUAGGAAUCAAUCACUGCCAGAAUCGCCCUCUCAGCGCCCCACUCGUUCGUCCAUGUCAUCCUCUGCAGGUACACGGAAUGCUUCCACCGCCUCUGCUACUGUGGUUGCUAGCGGUGUCCAGAACCAUGCUGAGGGAUCUGGAGGUGCUCAACGGCCCUCAGACGCCGCUCCAGAUGCCGGGCAGGUCAUUUCUCCUUUACUUCGAGACCUACUGAGUAGAGAAGUGAAGGGCUUACGGAAGCACGAUCUAAAUGCUUAG